UCACCGACGCUAUUUUUGAGAGAGAGAGAGAGAGAGAGAGGCAUAUAAUAUAUAGUGUGUAUAUAUAUAUAUUGGGAGGGAGAGAGUGUGUGUGGUGGUCGACCAGCGGUCAAUCUGGCCGGGAUCUGACGCCGAUUUCGCCGGAAAGAUGUCUUCCGGCAGGUACAUGGCCUACUCACCCUCUCCCUCCACUGCCCCUCACUCUCCUCACCUCGGCGGUCUUCGCUCCGCCACCACCGCCCUAGUCGAGCAAGAGAAGUAUCUCUCUGAGUUACUGGCUGAGCGCCACAAGCUUAGUCCAUUUGUGCCUGUGCUUCCUCAUUGCUAUCGAUUGUUGAAUCAGGAAAUAUUGCGUGUAACUACACUGUUGGGGAAUGCAUCAGUUUUAGAUCAAAGUGGGUUUGAACAUGCUAGCCCCCUGGCUUCAGGAGGAUUUUUUUCAAAUGCAGGAGCGAAUGUGAACAGAUGGGCAUCACCGUUUCCAUCAGAAAUGUCAGGGUUGUUACAGACCUCGUCCACACAAAACUGGCUUAGUUCUCAAGGUAGCUCAUCUGGUCUCAUAGUGAAAAGAACGAUCAGGGUGGAUAUUCCUGUAGAUCAAUAUCCAAGUUACAAUUUUGUUGGGCGCCUUCUUGGUCCCAGAGGGAACUCUUUGAAGCGAGUGGAAGCAAGUACUGACUGCCGUGUUCUGAUCAGAGGACGUGGCAGCAUCAAGGAUCCUGCUAAGGAAGAGAUGAUGAGAGGAAAACCUGGGUAUGAGCAUCUGAAUGAACCUCUCCACAUACUUGUUGAGGCAGAAUUGCCAGUCGAGAUAGUUGAUGCUCGUCUAAUGCAAGCACGUGAGAUUCUUGACGAUCUGCUGAGGCCUAUGGAUGAAUCUCAGGAUUUCUAUAAGAAACAGCAACUACGAGAGCUUGCAAUGCUUAAUGGUACACUCCGUGAGGAAGGUUCUCAAAUGUCUGGUUCGGUGUCCCCCUUCCACAACAGCCUCGGUAUGAAGAGGGCCAAGACUAGGGGGUAAUGAAAUCCCUUUAUUAGUGGGCUUUUGGAGCUUGUGUUUGUCUCUGCCUUGCAACAGUUGUUCCCAUGCUACAGGUGCCACUGGCAGCUUAUUCCUCCAACUGCCAUCGGGGCACUGGCACUGUCAUAGUGUCGGUUCUGACUUCAGUUCUAUAUGAUAUGACGUGUGUUGUUUAUCUUUAUGGGGAGGCUUAGUGACUGUGUACCAUAGUAAAGGACCAUCCGAGUUCGGGAGUUUGCUCUUCUAUGUUGCUUUAGACAGUUUGGUUAGAAAAUUCUUUCUCCAAAGCUGUCCUAUUGUUGUUUUUGUUGUAAGUUUGUGAUGGAAGUUUUGAUAUAUGGUAGAGAUAUCUAUGAGAGUUUAGAAAUGGUUGUAUACAAGUGAGGCGAACAGUGCAAAUCAUCAUGAUUGGAGUGCUCUGUACUACUAAAGUGUAGACGGUAUUUAGAUUUGUUAAAAGGCGUUAUAUAUCUAUUGUGGUUUGUUAAUGCAA